AUGUUUCGUUUACCAACAUACCUCUUAGGUAUUCUUUUGAUUUUCGUGUGCACAAACUAUGCCCAAGUGGAUCCUGGCUUAUGCCCCGAAGGAGCCACUUCACCAGUUCCAGAUCCAAAAUGGCGAACUAUUCCACCUCGGUUCGAGAUUAUGACCGAAUUAAUAUCAGACAAAAGUAUUACCGAAUUAUCUCAAGCGUUUUCAACAACUCGUGACUCAAUUUUCUGGAACGCGAAUGGCGGACCCUAUCAAUUCUACUAUAAUUUUGCUACUGAUGAAGUUUUCGAUGUGCUCAUCAAGCCCGGCGCCAAUUCAAUGCCAUUCUGUCUCCGACAAGCACUAACUCCUGCUUCUGAGACUAGUGUUCUUCAACCGAAAACACUCUUCGUGAAACCAUCCGUCCUUCUUGGCUUUAAUCAACGCAAUCAACGCAAUCCAGAUUGGGGUGUUCGUUAUCAGGGUGACGGAGAACUACGUAGAAUUCCAACGAUGAAGUUUCAAUCAUGUUUCUAUUUGAAUGAUAUCCGAGCAACUGUUCGCGUCGAUUUUCAAGUGACAAAUCCCGACAGAUUUCAACCUGGUUUAACUCCCCGCAAUGAAAGUCUCAUUCUACAAAUGGACGUUAAAGUGAAAAAUCAAACUACCCAAGAAAACUUCUUAUACAAUGUUUUCCGUUAUAUAUCCGAGCCAAGCCGACGAGAGGAACGUCAAGCACUAGAAACGCCAACUGGUAUCUAUUGCCCAAAUCGUAUAUCGACAAUGCCGAUACCAUCAGAUAUUCCUGAACGUGUUAGUGCAAACUCGGAAUUAUUCGUCCCAAAUGGUAACAGCAGUGCCAUAUUUAGUUCCCACAGCUUGUAUGAUACUGAAUUUCAAUUUGUACGUUUCGAUGCCUGGUUUCCUGAUCCCAUGGGCAGCCCGUUCUGGUUACAUUUUACCGAAAUUCACGAUUUCGCAGUUGGUCUUACUUUUCGUUAUGAUAAUCGUCGACAUCAAUGCGUUGUCGGCAAUAUUACCACUGGAUUAAACGAUGCCGUAGCUAUUGAUGAUAAUCCCAGUUUCAUACAAAUGGGCAGUCCUCAACAUUUAUUCCUUAUGGACGAUAUUACCUAUCAGUAUACCGGAGAAAAACCUUGUCAUGAUCGUAUCUGGUGUCACGUAUGGAUUGGUGAAAAAGCUCUACCAAAUGCAGCUGUUCAACAUCGUGAAUGGUAUUGGUCAUCAAGUAUCAACGGUGAACCUACAACUCGUUCAAAACCAAUGAAAUUAGUAUUAAAACAAUACAACAAUGGCGUCCCUAAUGGAACAUAUGAAAUGAACUUUUUCAAUUAUCGUCGUCAACCAAUGACUAUCUUCGAAAUUGAUUUCACUCUUGCCGAAUGUUACCGUGCAUUAGGACCCGCAGAAAAUUACAAUCUUGCCGUUCUGACAUUCAAAAUCAUCAACGAUAAGAAAUAUCCCGUCUAUCAAAACUUGAACUAUUUACGUUUCCACAUUUGGGAAACCUUAGUUUUCACUAUGUUCGCACGUCCAACACGUAUUUCACAUUUAAUUGUUGAUCAGGAUGAUGGCGAGAGUAAUGAUAUUAUCGUUACAUUUACCUUGCUUGAUGUACCACCCGUAACCGGACCCGUUGAAGAUCCAAUUCAAGAAUCCUCUUUAGAUAGACUAAUUACUCGUUUGAGUAAUAUUAUCGAUUCGAAUGGUCUUGCUUUCCGUGCUCGAUAUGGCAGCAAACAAGUUACUUUACGUGCACGCGGUGGCUCACUCAAUGUUCCUCAUACCAGCACGAAAACUAUUUCGAAGACUUCAGGCCCAAAAAUCACCGGUCUGUGGCUUGGCUUAAUUCUUGUUGGUUUAGUCGUUGGUGGCGUUGCCGGCUUCUUCGUUUUGGAAAAACUUGCGAACAAAUAA